AUGUCAAACAUGUACACAACUCAGGAUGUAGGGUAUUCGAGAUAUAUGACAAAUUCAAGAAGAAGUUCUGGGGGAAAUUCUAUUCUUGGGCCUAGGUCUAAUACUCAACGUCCACAAACAUUAAAGAAAUCACGCCCACGUAGAACAUCUUUGCAGGACGAUCAAAUAUCUCAAGAAAUGCGUCCUGUUUUAUACCUUUUCGAUGUAUAUUCACGAAAGAUCUAUAUUGAAGGUUAUUUAUGUAGGAAAGUUAUUUCUCCUUCACAAAACCAACAAGAUUGGUUGGAAUAUUAUGUAGAACUAUGUGGUCCUACGUUAAGUUUAUGGAAAGUAUUAAGUUUAGAUUCUGAAUUACCAGAAGUUUCUCAGACUCCUAUUAUCAUAAAUAUAUUUAAUUAUGCUACAGAAAUUUGUUCUCCGAUAUCUGAUGGUACAUCACAACGGAUCAAUGUAUUUCUUGUGAAUGCUGGUCAAGGUGAUAAUUUUUAUCUUCAAACUCCAAAUGAACGUGCUCUUAAUUUAUGGGUUAGUGCUAUUAGAUUAUCAUGUUAUGAAGGUUCAAGAUUACAAGAAGUAUACACUGCAACCCUCUUUAAACGUCCAGAAUUAAAAGAUUAUAUCGCUGGAACAGUUUUAAUAAAAGGAAAAUUAGAAGGUUAUCUUCAAGUACAAUUUAAUUAUUCUGACGAACCAAAAAAAUAUUGGGUUGUGGUUUCUGAUCAUCGUGCUGAAGAUAAAAAAAAGAAAUCCGAUUUGGCUUAUACUAGAGGACAAGCUUUAUUUUAUGAAACUAAAAAAUCUAAAAAACCUUUCAUGACUUUAGCUAAUGUUCUUCAAACUUAUGCGAUAUAUCCUGAUAAUCCUACUUUAAUAGAAAAAACUAAUCAAAUUAGAGUUGAAGGAAAUCUUUAUCCUACAAAAAGUACUGAUAAUAAAUUUGGAGACUUUGUUAUUUUAACAACUGAAUCAAUUAAUCAAUUAUCAAAAUGGGUGAUUGGUUUUUUUGAUAGUUUUAAAUUAUAUGGUAGACCGAAAGAAUUAUUAUAUGAUUUCAAGAAUCCUAUUUCCCCAUUUUUUGCUGUACCAACCGAAAGAAAUAAUAUGAAAUUAUUCUUAGAUCUUAUUGAAGUUGAACAUGUUGAAAUGCGGAGUAUUCAAAAUGAUAAUUUAUCUGAUAAUGUUAUUCGUCAAAGACCAAUAUCUGGUGAAUCUACUUCUUCUUCUUCGCAUAGUUCAAGUCCUUCAACUCUCAAAUCAAUAAAUUCAACGACUAGAUCUAAUUUUAACCCUAAUGUGGCACAAGGAUCUCAAAAAGCAUCAUCAUUUAUAAAGGAUGCAUUAAUAGAUCGUAAAUCACAAUAUGGUCAAAUAAAAAGAAAUAUUAAACAAAUUGCAAGCAGUGAUGACGAUUCAGAGAAUUCAAUAGAAAAUUAUGAAAAUGAAUCAGAUGAACCUUUUGACAAUCCAGCGGUUAAAAGGAAUACACAAAAGAAUACGAAAAUAAUUAUUGGAAAAGAAAAUAAAUCAACUAUUGGAUCUAAAAAAAUUAUAGAAUCACCUGUAUUUGGUGAAAGUGACCUAAUGUCUGAGAUUUUAACUGCGGUUUCAGAACGAACAGGAGAACAAGAAGAUGAGACACAAAAUAAAUUUAAAAGAGUCGUAACCUUUAAAAAUCAACCUGAAAAAUCAAAACUUCCGGAUAAAAAAACAAAACCGGUUCCUCUUCUUUCGGAAAGUGAAGAUAGUGAAGAAUCAUCAAAAAGUGACGAAGGAAGUAGUAACAAAGUAUCAAACAAAAAUAAUGUUAAAAUUAUAACAAAACCGGCUGCAUAUAGCCGCCAAGUAAGUAUAGUCGAAGAGGUAACUAACCCAAAUCGCCCCUCACAGGCUUCAUAUAGCCGCCAAAUAAACAUAGUUGAAGAGGUAACUCGUGGAAGGUCAAAAGGAAAAAAACCAAUUAGGCAGGAACAAAGUGAGAGUGAACCCGAUGAGAUUUUAAACAAAGAUGAUGAUGAAACAGAAUCAGCAGAAUCAGCAGAUUCAGAUGAUGAUAAUAAAGAUAUCGUUAAGGAAACGCCGAACAAUUCUAUAAAUUCUUUAAAAAAGACAGAUUUAUUAGAUAAAUCAAAAACGGAUUUGAAUCAAGACUUUAAUUCUUUAACUCUUAAUUUACCUGAGAAAUCAGAUGAUAAGAUAGAAUCAACAUCAUCUGAAGAAACAGAAACUUCAGAAAAAGAAGUUGCAAAUAAGACGCGUAAAGUAUUCAAACCUACCAUUCGAAAAGAAUCAAAAGCACGACAAGAAUCAACUUCAUCUGAAGAUGAAACUACAGAAUCCUCGGAAGAUGACAUGAUAAAUAAGGAACGCAAAGUAUUCAAGCCGACUAAACAGAAAGAUAAGCGAAAAAAAGCGUCACUUAAUAAGUCAAGCGAAAGUAGUGGUAGCGAUGAUGAUAAUUCAAAUUCUGAAGAUUCUGAAGAAGAACCACUUGCUGUGUAUGUAGAUGACGCAGGGUACAACUCAAAUUAUGGAAGAUCCAAUUUCAACACUCGUCCACGAUCAGUAUCACCUAAUUAUAUUCCGGGUCAACGAUGGGCACCGCCUCCAGGUUCCGGAGGUUAUUACGCUGAUAAUAUGGGUUAUCCGAUGGACUAUCGAAGAAGUUUUGUUCACCGGAAUGAUUAUGAUGAUGAUCGUGCUAGUAUUGCAAGUUUUGGAAAUCGUUCUAGGUCAGCUAUGGGUCAUGUACCAAUGCCUCCACAUCAACGUCAUCUCAGUGGAGGACAAAUGGAUUAUAUGCGUGAUUCUUUCUAUUCAGAUGAUGGAUAUUAUGAUGAUCGAGGAAAUCCAUUCGUUGUUCCCAAUCAUAUACGUCCAAAUAGUUUAUUGGAUACCUUACCACAAUCUCAACCUUCCGCUCGUGAACAAGAAUUGUUAGCUCGUGAAAGAGGGGAACCACUAAUAAAUAUACCAGAAAGACAAAAGGAUCCACAAACUGGAUUGGUAGGAGCCAUUACUGCAAGAGAACAUCAAAGAAAAGCUCGGGGACCAGGUUUAGCUGCUAGACAAGCAGAAUUUGAACGUGAAAGAGCAUUCGAGAGAGAACGAGAACGUAGAUUGAUGGAACAAAGACAGCAAGUGAUGAUGGCUGAAAGGGAAAGGGAAAGGGAAUACAUGUAUCGACAGUCUUAUGUUGCACCUCCAGGUGGACCAAACAGGUACUAUAAUAAUCAGCAAUACUUGGAUCCAUAUGCUGGUCAUAAUAAUCAGCAAUAUUUGGAUCCAUACGCUGGUCAUAAUAAUCAGCAACAUUUGGAUCCAUACGCUGCUGUUGGUUCUUCUAUGCCUCCUACUCAACCUAGAUCAUCACGUGUUCCAAAAGGAAGACGUACCAGUAGAGAAACUGAAUAUAACUAA